ACGGAACAGGUGAUCGGGUUUCUACUGGACGAAGCCUCCUGGUGUUGGAUGUUCAUUUUUUAUUUCCUUGGCUUUUCUUUGUCUUCGUGAAAUUACUUUUAAGACCCAUGGAAGUUUGAUAAAAGAUGAUAACAUGGAUUUAAUGAGAAAAUGUGGCUGCGUGUUGGUUUUGUUCAGCGUCUCCGUGUGCGCGUCAAAGCUCCUGGGCGACAUUUAUGAGCCUAGAGGCCAGCAGAUAUGCAAGCGUGGCACUGAGAAGCCCUGCUAUAAAAUCGCCUAUUUUCAAGACAUUCGGCGUAAACUCAAUUUUGAAGAUGCAAGCCGAGCCUGCAGGAGUGAUGGUGGAGACCUUCUCAGUAUUGAGUCUAAGACUGAGCAGAGGCUGAUAGAGAACUUCAUCCAUGAACUGAAAGCAUCAGAUGGAGACUUUUGGAUCGGCCUCCGUAGGGAUCAAGGCUAUGAGGAGAUAAACGGAGACUGUCCUUCUCAAUACUACUGGCUGGAUGGAAGCCGAGCAACUUUCAGGAACUGGCACUGGGAUGAGCCUUCUUGUGGGUUUGAGGUGUGUGUAGUGAUGUACCAUCAGCCCUCUGCUCCUCCUGGUCAGGGUGGGCCCUACAUGUUCCAGUGGAAUGAUGACAAUUGUGAAACCAAAAACAACUUUAUUUGCAAGUACACCAAAGAUAUACCUCCAGCACCAAUCCCUGCAGAAAAUAAAACAUAUGAAGAUGCUCUUCCGACACCCAGAAUACCCAGAAACCCAUCUGUCACAGAGAAGGAUGAUGGCAUGAGGGUGCUCGUAUCUGAACCUCCAGACAAUGUUCUUAAUAUCGCUUACAUUGUGCUGCCAACCAUACCACUUCUGCUGCUGUUGAUUGUUGCGACGGGAGUUUUCUGCUUUAAGCUGUUCACAAAGAGGAAGAAACAACAAACUGAGACCCCACCAAAGGAGCCAGGAUACUGGGCCGCUGGAGAAAGAUGCAAUAGCCCGAGCCCGGACGUCUAUAACGUCAUCCGAAGGCAGCAUGAAUCAGACCUAGCAGGUACGCGGCCUGACAUCAAGAACACUUCCUUCCUGGGUUCUUCUCCAGACACUCCACCUGGAGAUUACGACAACCUGGCAGGCAGGGACACUGAAAGUGGUUUUGUGACACUGGCCAGCACUGAGAGCGGCUUUGUGACCAACGAUUUGUAUGACACGCUGCAGGGCCGUGGAAGCGGGAGAUAUUACAGAGACCAGGGAUGGAUGGAUGAAUUAUAUGGCUACUGAUACAAAAGAUGAACAUUAGCCAAGUCUUACCCAAGUAUUUCCUUGGUGACAGAUAUCCAAUAUUAUCAAUAUUUCAGUGUAGGUUUUCAAAUCAGGAGGACGCAAGAGGUUAAAAGAGGCCUGGAUAUGUGUGGAUUCUGUCAUUUUUAAAACCUCCAAUCGUUUGGAUGAAUGAGAGAGUGUGUUAUUUUAAUAUCAUUCUUAAAGCAUUAUAGUUUUUGUUAAUAUUUCGAAUUAGAUGCAUUUUAGUUUUAGGUCAUUUUCAUUAGUUUCUUUUUUUAUAUAUGUUGAUAUAUGUUUUUUACCUUUUAGUUCAUACUUUUAGCUUUAUUUUAGUACUUAAACUAAAAAAAGAGAAAUGUUGCCUUGGCUGAAAUAACAUAAACUAAAACAGAUUUAAAUUUAAAUGUAAGUUUAAAGGGGUUUUUUUAUAUUUUGUUUUAGUUAGUGAUUAUUUUAAAGUAAGUAAUUUUUUAUGGUUUUAAUUUUAGUUUCAAACAAUAAUAACCCUGAUGAGAGAAACUAAUUCCCAGAUUUCUGCAGAUCUACCAUCAAUUUACUCUAAUGAGACUUUCGGUGCAACAACAUCUGAAGUUUUUGAGUCCCAUAUGAUUAUCAGAAGGAGUUUACCCUUUUCUCUUUUUUAUUUAUAGUACGAUUUUAGUAUUCAUAGGCUCCUAUGACACAUACAAUACCUAUAACAUUAAUACUUGCCAGUUUUUAAUGCAUCUUAAAGCCAAAUUCUGGAGGAUGAACACUCAAAGGUGGUACAAUGUUACAAACAAGCUGCUCAACAAAUCAGAAUGAGAUGCUUGGAUAUGAGAUGGCUUGUUUGUCCUCACUGGUUGGUUUGCAUGACCCUGUUAUGCUGCUUUUACUGGAUGUGCUGUAUGGGGCUCAGUAAUUACACUGUGACAAUGUCUUGCAGACUGUCUUUUCCUGUGAAAUAAUGAAUGAUCAAACAUCCUUCAAGUUUCUUAUAUGCAAAUAUUGGAAUGUGAAUGCAGUGAUGUUAAUGAAGCCUUAAUAAACAAAAACAAAUGAGUGAAAUUGAAACUAAAUACAUUUACUUACAUGUUUUGGC